CAUAGUCCGCCCAGCGUGCUCGCGGGGGGCGGGGCAGAAGCUUUGCGGAAGUGUACGGAGCUGGAGUCAUAUGACCGGGCACGCAGCCGGAGAAGAUGCUACCGAGAUAUGGAUAAAAUGACUCGGACACGGUGACUACUAUCCACAGCGAACACGAUGGAGGAGAUUAAAGUGUCUCCUGACUACAACUGGUUCAGAAGCACCGUGCCCCUGAAAAGAAUUAUUGUGGACGAUGAUGACAGUAAGGUGUGGUCGCUGUAUGAUGCCGGCCCAAAGAGCAUCAGGUGUCCCAUCAUCUUCUUCCCACCAGUCAGUGGGACAGCGGAGGUGUUCUUCCAGCAGGUGCUGGCUCUGACAGGAUGGGGCUACAGGGUCAUCUCGCUGCAGUAUCCGGUGUACUGGGAUCUCAUGGAGUUCUGUGACGGCUUCCGGAAGCUUCUGGAUCACCUGCAGUUGGAUAAAGUGCAUCUGUUCGGCGCGUCGCUCGGUGGAUUCUUGGCUCAGAAGUUUGCAGAGUGCACACACAAGUCUCCCAGAGUGCACUCACUCAUACUGUGCAAUUCCUUCAGUGAUACCUCCAUCUUUAAUCAGACGUGGACAGCAAACAGCUUCUGGUUGAUGCCAGCUUUCAUGUUGAAGAAGAUUGUUCUGGGGAACUUUUCUAAAGGGCCCGUGGAUCCUAAAAUGGCAGAUGCAAUCGACUUCAUGGUUGACAGGUUGGAGAGCCUGAACCAAAGUGAUUUAGCAUCGCGGCUAACGCUCAACUGUCAGAACUCCUACGUGGAGCCUCACAAAAUAAAAGAUGUCGCUGUGACCAUUAUAGAUGUGUUUGACCAGAGCGCGCUGUCGCUGGAGGCCAAGGAGGAGAUGUAUAAACUGUAUCCCAACGCCAGGCGAGCCCAUCUGAAAACAGGAGGAAACUUCCCAUACCUGUGCAGGAGUGCUGAAGUCAACCUCUACAUCCAGAUUCACUUGCGUCAGUUCCACGGGACCAGAUUCGCUGCCAUCAGCCCUGCCAUGGUGAGUGCUGAGGAGCUGGAGGUGCAGGACAACCAGCAUUCUGACGACGACCAAUGAGACUUUUACCCGCACGCCGUUUCCUGUCAACAUUUCCAACAGUUUCUCUUACUCUUCAUCAUUUCACAGGACAGUUGCCACAUUUUCUAUGGAGCUCAACAGUCGACCGGCGAGUCAACUGAGAAUAUUUUUAUUUGACAGAUGAAGCAAUAUUUUGAUAAUGACCUGCAUACGACACCCUGCCUUAUGUGACAUAUAUAUAUAUAUAAAAAUAAAUAAAGGUGACCUCUGGUUAUGGAGAGACGCACAUCUGAAAGUGAUGAUUAAAUUAUAUAUAUUUUGUUUUGGAAUCCAGUUGAUUAUUGUGCAGUUGUUAUUUCCACUGCCAUCUGUUGAACUACCAAAGCCAGGUUUUGGAAGCUGAAAUCGAACAUCGGUCCAAGAUGAUUUGUAGUUUCCAGCUUCAGAAAACUACAGGGUGUCUUUCCACAUAUAAAUUACUCGCAUGUGGCUCUCUCCAAAUACUCCUCUAGCUAGAAUUGAUUUAGUAUUCUUUCUCUGCUUCUGAACAGAUGAAUAAAUGAAAUGUAUGUGCUGUGCCUUUUUAUAAAAGAUAAUGUACACAUUCACUA